AUGCUACGAAAUCCCAUCCGCGUAAACCUUCUUGACCCUGGAACUCAGCUAGCACUCCGCUCUUCCAACGUCCUUCCAGACUUAGAUUCAGGCGCUACAUCAACUCAAGUAAUUCCUGUACUACAACGGAGUCUCAAGCCUUUCAUUUCCACCACCCUUGUCACCCUCGAGUCUCGCGGCGGCAGAACAGCAGUAUCCUACCUAGGCUCGGGGCCGCUGCCGAGAUCUUGUCUAAUGUGGGGUGAUGGAUCAAAAGCUCUUCCUUCUGAUGCUUGUCUACGGAGCACCGACAUUGACUUUCGUCUUACCCAGCAAUUGAUGGACCACAACUUGAGGGCUACAACAGCAGCCUUGACCGAAAUAGUCAUGUCACACAACACAUUGCCAGUGUGCUCGCCGUUGGGCCAUGCGUUAGGCUACCGCCUAACCUCCACCACCAAAAUUCCCACGAUGGCAUCGCUUGCUGAAAGGGGGAGUCACGAUUUCUUGCCAAAGAAUGGUGGCAUCCUCUGCAGAACCAGUUCUAGCCUCCCCGCUUCUACCGACCUGCCACACUCGACGACCCCAGCCAGGAACCACCGGCAUUCCAAGAACCUACAAAUGCUUGGCUCUCAUCUCUGCCAGGAUUCUUCAGCAGUACCGCUUUACUGCUGCGAGAUCACUUUUGCCAAGACAACCAGCUGGUGGUGUGGUUUCCUCACCUUCCUUUCACGACGAUCACUCGAAAACGCCGUCAUGAACCGCGAAUAUGAACGGUUACGAUAUGCCUCGGAUGCCGCCAAGACCUGGCCUUACCUGGAGUAUCCAUAUACUUCCAAAGUCAAGAUCCCCGACUUGAGGAACAGUGCAACAUCGAGGAUCCGGAGUAAGAUCCGGCCGAGUUCGCCGUUACACCCAAUUGGGAUCCCUAUCCAGCCCCAGCGUGUCACGCCGCAAGGCGAGCGGGCGACGCGCCAAUGGCACUCCAAUGUCUCGGCGUGCAGCCGACCUCGAAAGAGAUCACUCGCCAUCUCCGAAAGUUAUGAUGAGACGCUAUUACUCUGUCUUGGAUAUUCAGCUCGCCGUACCUGCCUUUGUAUUUCCACUUCCUCAAACUCCCUCCAUUUCAUCGGACAGCUCAGGCUCCUCCCGUCGUUGUUCCCGUCGUCUUUGCCGCUGUCUAUGACCUUGCUCUGGUCUCUCAACGACAUCAUUUCCUUCCAGCCCUUCUCCGCGGCAAUCGCGACAAAAGCCCUCGACCGGGAGGACGCCGUUCAUCCACUGGUGAACCCAGGUGUUUCGUGGGCAUGGUCUUGCUCCAUCCCUGACACGUUGACAUUGUUGGUCUCGAAAGCAAACACCCAAGUGCAUGCAUUCGGACUCGCCACUUCAGAGAAUAUGAAGCUUGAGAGAGUCAAUAAUGUCUACACCUAUGUUGUUUUGCAGGCCUACAUCCAUUACAUGACAUGUAUCACGGGCGGUGCUUCAAUCUUGAUUGUUGACUGCCUCGUGGAUGUUUUCGGCUCUUCGGAUAAUUGCCAUCCGCGCCAGAACAAAGGAGCAGCCGUAAGUUUCCGACCGCGAAAAGUUACAUGCGACUUGGCCUCUGCAAAUACUCAACGCAAUUUCGGCAACAUGAUCAACUCUCCACCACCAAGUGCGCUCGACAAUCUGCCUGCAGAUAUACUAUUGGGCAUCAUUUCUUUCCUCGAAUCUUUGAGCGAUUUAAAUACGCUUGUCAAUGCGUCUUCGUCGCUGCGGAGAUUCUUCAUAGCGGAACGUCGGCGCGUCAUCCGACAUAUUGUUCACCGCGAUGCUGCUGCUGUCCUCAAAGAUGCUGUGGCUCUUGCAGUUAUCCCAAGAGCUGGUCAGUCUGGCAACAAUCAUGCAUGGGAGGUGGUGAGCGCCACCAAGCUAUAUGCGAUAUUUCGGGAAGACCUCGACGCAGGCACAGCAGACAUAUCAUCCAUAUCUGCUGAUCAUUUGAUCGAGGCUACGCGAUGCGACUUUAUAGCUCGGGACUUUGUCACUCUGUAUACGGAAGUUCAGCGACAGCAAUUAUGGACCUUGGACUCAGAGGCAGCCAAGCCACUCACGAAAGAUGAAGAAGACCGGCUCGUGCUUGCAUGCUUGCGGUAUCAAUUGCUUACACAAGUUUGUCGCGACCGCGUAAGUGAAGAGACGACGAUGGAAGUACGGGCAAUUUUGAAUCAAUGCUUCACGCCUUGCCAGAUAGAGCAAAUCGCUGGAAUUCACGACUUUGCAGGCAAACUACAUCAAUUCUUCGUCUCGCUUGAUGCUUCAGAUGAGUUGAACCUGCAAAAUACACAUGUUUUCUACGAUAUUACGGCAUUCCGACAUAUACUAAGCCGUGCACUCACCAUGGGCCAAGAUACAAUCAAGAUCUUUGCGGCUUCUUUGACACAGUUAAAGUGCCUUUCGGAUCAUCAAAUUCUCAGGGGAGGUCACCAAGUACCCAGUAACUAUAUUUUGGAGUACUUCCCAGUGGUUUCCUCACAGCUGGACCUGACCCUCCACACGCUCUUGUCCCAUGAAUAUGAGAUUAGACGGCUGCGAGAUGUGAUAUACGGUUACGAAAGAAGGCUACCGGCAAUCACCACUGGCGAUUUGAAAACAGACCCUCCUUUUGCUUGGGUCGACGCGCACGCUGGUUUAGAUUGCCGCCGAUGGGGCUCAGAGUUGCUGCAAAAUUCACCAGACCACGUGGGUAUAGACAGCACGCGGUUGGAUCGGGUGAAAGCCACCGUUGAAGCAUGGAGGCAGCUUGGCUUCUUGUACUGGGAUCAAGAUCGCGUUCAGCUUCUGAAGGGGUCUCUUUUGCAGUAUCGAACGGGGUCUUCGCACCUGGAAGAUGAUUCCUCCAUGUCACCAAGAGGAACCUGCUCAUCAAUGGAGGAGUUUGAUGGUCGAGUUUCGAGUGCCCUGUCGAUGAAGAUUGCUGUUAAUCACAGGACUCUUACCCCAAGACUUCCAUACAACCAUUCAGCAACUAUGUGUAGGGCUUGGGCUGUUGCGACCUUUCAGCCUCAUAAGGAUAUGGUGCAUCCAGACCGAUGCUGUUAUAGCCAAAAGGACGCUAUAGCCAAGGUGUGUGGUCUGAACCUGACGCUUCUUGCUCAUAGAAGUUUUGCACCAUUCGUUGCGUUGUCCAGUCGCUCUGCUAACCCAAUUCUCAUCUCGAAGCGCAUGAGCAGUUGCGCGACAUCAGCGUUGCCGUCCAACUUUGGCAGAAAUUCAAAGUCGUGCCCCAAGCUCGCCUCGUCUUCCUCUCCACUAUCAGGAGCAAUAAAGUCACCGAUUCUUCAGGCAAAAUGGGAGCUAGCGCCGAAUAAUAUUGACCGGGGCCCGCACCGCGCGCCGCGCGGACACCGGGUUGAAUUUGUAACAGCUCGCAUGUCGACUGUUCGCAACGCACCUACUCUCGUCAAAUUCCGGUCACCGCUCGAGGCGACUAGUGCUCAUACUCACAGUCCUAGCGCGCGCGGGAAAGAACAAGCCUUUUGCCGCCGACAAAUCAAUAUGAUGUGGCCCCUGCUAAAGGAAGGCUCUUGUACUCCGUACUCGCUGAUAAUUUCAACAACGCAGUGGGUCGGCGUGGGGAUGAACAACGUGGCAAGUCGAGCCACCCGCGCCGCUUACAAAGUCCGAGAUAUUGUCAUUGAAAUCAAAUACAGAUUGAAGCUCAUAAUCACAAUGUUUCCGCCUUACAGGGGUAAGGCUUUGAGAGUCAGAGUUCAGUCAAGUCAAAAGCCAAUUCCCCAAGCUAAGGUUCGCGGUGAUUAG